UACCCGGCGGGCCGCGGGACAGGCGGCGUUAGGCCGGGUGAACCCCCCUCCGCGGGGGGGGGGGGGCUCGCCUUGCUCCGCGUUCCCUUGCGCUGGGCAAGGCCCAGGGGGCGGCGAGGGGCUCGUCGGGCGGCUCCGGGAGGCCCCAGACACCGGAGGAAGCCGAGUGCUGCCCGGCGCCGGGAUGUGCCCCGCCGGCGGCGGUAGGGCCGACCCCCGGGCUCCCAACGCCUGCCGCCUGCUGGGCCGCAGGGCCCACGGCUUCUACGCCAGGGAUGCGGGGGUCGCCCUCAGGAAGAACAUGGGGCUGCUCAGGAGCCUCAUCUGCCAGGAAAGUACUACAUUCAAGAAUGUUUGGACGACUCAUUCUGCAUCUCCUAUUGCUUAUGAAAGAGGAAGAAUUUACUUAGACAACUACCAGUGCUGUAUUAGCAGCAUUGCCCAAGAGCCAAGAAUACUUUAUCAAAAGCCAAAGUGUCCCAAGUCAGAAAAAAUAGAAGAUGCUUUAUUAUUGGAAUGCCCACUGGGGGAAAUGCUUCCAAAUCCAUCAGACUAUAAAUCUUCCCUUCUAGUCUUGACAGCACAGAACUGGCUUCUGCGUCUCUCUGCUGACAGUGGGGAAAUACUGGAAAAAAUAUACCUUGCGGGCUCUGGCUGCAAAUUCAGGUACCUCAGCUGGGAUACUCCUCAAGAGGUAAUGGUUAUAAAGUCAGCUCAGAAUAAGCUGCCUGCAGCAUCACGGCAGGCAGGUAUCCAACAGUCUGUACUAUUCCAUCUUGCUGUAUUCCAAGUAUUACCUCUUUCCUUUAUGGGAAUGCUAGAAAUAAACAAAAAGAUAUUUGGUAAUAGUGUUACAGACGUUGAUGUUUCUAAUGGAAUCCUGAUUGUAAUGUAUAGCAUGGGACUGGUCAGGCUCUAUAGCUUCCAGGCCAUCACUGAACAGUUCAUGGAACAGCCGCUUGAUUUGGGAUGUGAAUUCAACUGGAAUGGUCAAGUGGGAGUUGUAGGAAAGUAUCCAUUUGGUCUUCCGUGUAACAUUAAAAUAACAGAUACCCCACCUUUGCUAUUUGAAGCAUCUUCUCUGGAGAAUGCAUUUCAAAUUGGAGGUUACCCUUGGCAUUAUAUCAUCACACCUAACAAGAAAAAACACAAAGGAGUCUUCUACAUUUGUUCUCUGAAAGACAAUGCUUUGGCAAAAAAUGGCAUACAGGAUAUGAAAUGCUGCUCACUGGAACCUGAUUGGAUGUAUUUCCAUCCAGAUAUGUCGGGCAGAAUAAUCCAUGUGGGACCAAAUUUGAUAAAAGUCUUGAAGCUUAAGGAAGUUGAAAGUAAUUCAGACCAAACUGAAAUUUCAGAAGACUUUAUAAUUGUGGCCAACAGAGAAGAAAAUUGUGUGAACAGCUCUGUUACUGUAACAGCUUCUGGUCGAGUGGUGAAAACGCGUUAUAACUUGCUGGAUGAUGACCCAGAACAAGAGACAUUCAAAAUUGUAGACUAUGAAGAUGAAUUGGAUUUAUUAUCUACUGUGGCAGUUACUCAAAUAGGAGCUGAUGGAAGAGCUCACCUUGACUUACACUGUAACGAGCAGGGGAUUCUACUUAAGAGUAUUCCAUUACUGGAAUCCUGGGAUGUGGUUCAGGAAUUGUUCAGUCUGAGCCAAAGCUAGCAUGCGUGCAGUAUGUCUGAUACAUGAGAGUUCCAUGUCAUAUACUCAUUAAAAAUACAAAUGAACAAACAAAAAACAAGCAACCCCCAAGCUGUAGAUUUCGUGGUCACAAAGUAUGACCAUGCAAAUGACCAAAGGUGAAGUGACCAGAUGCAAGUCAAAGAUGUCCUCUGAGAGAUUUAAGAUAGUAAUAAACAACACUAGAAAUAAAGAGCAGCAGCAGCAACACUCUACUUGCAUACUACCUUCAGAAAGUUUUCACUUAAUAUCCAGGAAAAGGCACAUGUCCAUUACGCUACUAUAAGUAUCAGGGAGAUAAGAGGGCAGAAAUUAAUAUGAAUCUAUAGGAUCCAGCACUUAGACAGAAAUUUCUGUUCUGAGUGUGUAUGGGUUAUUUGUCUGUAACUAAAUUCCUUUCACUAGGAAUCUGUCACGUCAGUCAAUGAUAACAAAUCUAAACUACCUUACCAUGGACAAGAAAAAAUAUAGCCUAAAUGAAAAGUAAGGCUAUAAGUAAAAUUCCUUAAUUAUCGAAGUAAUACAAAGAAAACAACUGCUUUCUUUUUUCAGAAACUCAAAAGUCUAACAGUAAAGGAAAAUAGAUAGUAUAGUAUUAGUAUAUAAACCGGAGAAAAGAUUUUCCUCUCCUAUUGUUUUCAACCUGUGUUCUUGGCAUAGCACAACACUCCGCCUCUGUACUCCCCAUUGUCCUCUGUCCUUACUCUGCAAUCUUACCAACAGCUAAUGACCAGAAGUUGACCACUUGGAGAAGAACGCUACAGAACUGUUUUUCAUGAUACUCCUCAUCUCUUCUCUCCAUCACUAUUUUUGAUGUAUGCAAAUUGUUUUAUAUAGCUAGUAACACAACUGAUGAAAUUUUACUGUACUGUUGACAAGUUGGAUAUUUUUAUUAAUAAAGAGCUACUAAAUGAAAACAAGCUGAUGAGACUUAAAAGAUACUUAGUAAGGAAAAGUACAGUUGUCAGAUGGUUGUGAAUCAUCUGUUUGGGGCCAGAGUAGAUGGAGUGAAGCAGAAACACUGAAGCUAUUUAACAGCUGAUUUAUUUCAAGAAAGGCACAGUAACCAUUUUGUUAGCCUUCAGAAGUAUCAUGCAAUCCUGAAAAAACAGAUUUCAGAAGGGACAGCAGAAGUGGAAACUUUCCCAGAUUGGGAUAAAGCAGCGAAUUUUAUGGGAGACUUUUGCAGUUAAUGACUAUACCAACCCCACUACCGCCAUGUGAUAUUUUUGACAUUUUCAUGACAUAGUUUUCCAUAUUGAUAUUUCGUGAUAAUUUCUGUUGGAUUGUUAAAACAGUUAUUCCCAGAGCAAGACAUUUACACUGCAUUAGAGGAUUGUUUAUUAAGUAGUGCAUGUUCUCUUCAUGAAGAUCAGCUUCAGCUUUCAAGAUUCUGCUCUGCUUUCCAGUGACUUAUUUUAAAGCUAUUGUGGACCUGUGAUAGCAUGCUAAAUCAACAGUUGUACGUAGGUGUCCAUCUAUUGAAAAAUGCAGCAAUUUAUAGUGAAUAAAAGUCAGCCUAGACUUUGAUGAAGAAGAUUAUGGGCUUUGUGUAAGAAACAAUCACUCUCUAUACACAGUAUGUUGCUAAACUACACAUAAUGGCAGAUGUUCCAUCAUGGAGGGUCACACCUAGAUGUUUUCAUUCAGAAACAGGAGAGAUGUUUCCGUUUAAUUUAAAACACCUAAGUUAUUUAAGAAUUGAGAAUCCAGAAUGACUAGCCCUGAAUACUUUCAUGAAUAUACUCACAGCCCUACUUAUAAAUGGGCUAAGACACACCAGAGAAUCUGAAUCAGUUAAUGCUUAUGUGUUGUGCUUUUCAAGUUGUGAACAGCAGUGUUGACUUCCGUACCUAUGCAAAGCCCCAGAGCAUUCUAAAAAUAAACUUUUAUUUAAAAGGGAAGAAAAUCCUGACCACAAACCUAUAGUUUUUUACAUUGCAAAGAAUAACCCUAUAUCUGAACCAAACACAACUAUCUGCAUGCUUGUUGGCAGCCCACCUGAAUCAACUUUUUAUUUCAAAUUAAAGCCUGAAACAAAAUCAAUCCACCAGAAAAAAGGUAGUACUUUUCUUUGCCAGGAGAUAUUAUAUGUAAGAUGCCUAAGCAUUUUUAGUCGCUGCUGGCAGAGCUGUACUACUAUGUUGUGUCAAAUUGAUACAAAAUCUGAAUAAAGGCAUUAGAUCUGA